UUAUUUGCGCAUCACAUCGUGCAUUAUUGCUCAUUUAUUGCCUAUGUAGUCCUUUCUAUAUUUCAAUUCAAUUUUCACGCACUUUGAGAACCACUAGGCUCUCUCAUUAAAUAUUGAUAGCAAUAUUUCCAUGUUUUAUGUAUCUUUGUUACAAUUUUUUUAUUUUAUUGUAGUACCUAUUUUUUUCAAACAUAAACUUAAACUAAUCUACGAUACUGCUAUAUUAAUCUAUAGUUUCAAAAUGAAUAAAAUAAAAUUGAAAAUGAAAUUUUUUAACCGUUCUGUAAAAGUGAAGAAAGAGAAACCUUUUGAUUUACUGCCAGACGAAAUGAUCAUAUGCUUAUUGAGUUUUGUUGAUGUAGAUUCACUUCUUAAUUGUAGAAUUGUAUGUAAAAGAUGGAGAUCAUUUAUUGAUGCACAUGUGUUUCAUGAAAAAGCAUCACGAGGUAAUGAGAUAGUAAAUAAUGGUAAAGGAUAUUACAGUUUCUCACAAAUUGAUUCAAAUACUGUGCGAAAGUUAGAAUUUCCAUGGUAUGUGUUUUAUGCAAUUUGUAAGUAUGAUCCAUUCAACAGAAACUUGGUGCAAAAUCAUUGCGGACAAGGCAAGUAAAAUAAUUUUGUUUUAAUAUAUACUUUUUAAUAAUGGCUAGUUGUUUUUGGCUUCGUUGUAGUUAUUUUUCUUAUAGUUUUUUUUUUUUUAGUGUUAAAUUUAUAUAAAUAUAACAUUUUAUAUUGAUUUUGAUAAUGAAUCAUUAUCCCCAGAUCAAUCAAAUUCCAUAUAUACUUUAUGUGUGUUUCAAGGUAGGUGUUUCCUGUAUCUUUCUAUGUAUUGAUUUGUGUUUGAUAAUUUAGUUUAUAAUUCAAAAAUGCCAUAAUCUAUUAUAACAACUUAAAUAUAUGCAUUGUAUCCAAAGAUAUAUUAAAUAUACAUGUACCCAAGAUAAAUAUAUAUAAAGGAUGGUUUUAACAUUGUAUCAAAAUGUGAUUGUAAUUACUACAGUAUUUACUAUAAGUAUAUCCAUCUUGUAGGUAGGUACUUAUAUUUCUGUAAAUCUAUAAUCUUCAAAGAUUCCAGAAUAUUGUGAGUGAUAGUCAUCUAAGAUUUUCUGAUUAAAAAAAAAAUUGUUUGGUUCUUCCCUUCAUCACUCAAGCUAUUACACUAAUUAAAAUCAUUCAGUAUACUUAUUAUAACAUAUUAUUUUAUAGAUAGUAUUUCUAAAAAAAAAAAAAAAACAAUCCUGAUGGCAUUUCAGCUAAUAAAUUUAAGAACCAACAUCUGUAAAUAUUCAUUAAAAUAUUUUGUGAAAAAUAAAGAUUUUUAUAAUAAAUUUCAAAUUUUAUUAAUAAGUUAUACAGGAUUUAUAGAUUAUAAUUUUAAAUAAAGUUUUUGAAUUUCAAUAUUCAUUUCACAAUUUUGUGUAUAUGUGUACAUUAUAUUUAUAUCUUAAUCAUAAUAAUUUGUAUUAAAUAUAGAUAACUUUAACCAUUGGGCUUUAAAAAACAACACGUUAUCACGUUUUUUGUGGAUCAUUGAACAAAUACCAGUUGGUGCUGAUCCAUUGCCUGAUGAUCCAGAUUUUGAUGGCCAUACAUCUUGUUUUGUUUCAACUUAUAGACUAUGUUCUAAAUGUCAAACAAUUACAUUAAAAAAUCAUGGUUUGACCAGCACUCUAAUGAAAUUACUUAAACCUGAUAUUUUAGUUAGUGAAUGGUAAUAGACUGUUAUUAAUAAGAAGUAUUUUUUUCAUAUUAAUUUCAAAAUUGAAAUAAUUGCAGGUAUUCGGGUCGUUUUGAUUGUGGUUGUAAGUAUGCGUUCAGGGCAAAUGUUCAUGAUAGUACUGAAAGAGUACUAGAACAACACAAUUAUAAUGAUAAUUUACUACAGGGGCAGGCAAAUAAAUGGACUAAAGUUUGUAUUUUUAGUAUUUUCCUAAUUAAUUAUUUUUCUAUCAUUAUAUUUUAUUUUAGAUUUCACAUAUCUUUAAAAACCAAAGCAAUGCAUCUUCUAUCAGUAUUUAUCAUGCUGGAGUAGAUACACAAUAUUGGAGUGGUCAUUAUGGUUCUAAAGUAUCUGGGACUGUUUUAAAAGUUAUGCUGCCAAUAAAAUUAAAAUGUACUGAAAGUAGAAUCAAAAUUUGAAUAUAUGUAUUCAUCUAUAUUAUUCUAACAGUAAUUAUGCGCACAUAAACAAAAACAAAAAAUAAAUUUCUUGUUUAAUAACAUUAUUCAUUUAUU